CUCCUUGUUUGUACCUUGGUACUCUCUCUCUCUCUGUUUUCUCUCUCUAACCUGUCUACGUCUGACAGAAAAGCCCUAGCUUCUUUGCAAUUCCUAUAUAUACACUUUGUUAGUGUGUAGCUGUGUAUACAAGCGUUUCGAGUAUUAUCUGUGUAUAUAUAUUAGUCAUGGUUGGACUAGAAGAAUGCUGUGCCACGCAAUUGAUUGACGGACAUGGCAAUUUCAAUGUCGUCGGUCUCCAAAGUUUCAUGAAGACUGUGAAGCUCGCCGAGUGCGGUCUUUCCUAUGCUGUCGUCGCAAUCAUGGGUCCACAAAGCAGUGGGAAGAGCACACUUUUAAAUCAUAUUUUCAAUACCAAUUUUACGGAAAUGGAUGCAUUCAGGGGAAGGAAUCAAACAACCAAGGGCAUUUGGAUAGCGAAGGGUAUCAACAUUGAACCUCGUACAAUUGUCUUGGAUUUGGAGGGAACUGAUGGAAGGGAAAGGGGCGAGGAUGAUACGGCAUUUGAGAAACAAAGUGCCCUCUUUGCUUUGGCAGUUUCAGAUAUUGUACUAAUAAAUAUGUGGUGCCAUGAUAUUGGUCGGGAGCAGGCUGCCAACAAACCUCUUUUGAAAACAGUAUUUCAGGUUAUGAUGCGAUUAUUUAGCCCACGCAAAACUACACUUCUCUUCGUAAUACGUGACAAAACAAAGACCCCACUUCAAAUUUUGGAGCCUGUUUUGAGGGAGGAUAUUCAAAAGAUAUGGGACACGGUUUCUAAGCCUCAUGCCCACAAGGACACAUCUCUGAGUGAAUUUUUCAAUGUGGAAGUCACUGCUUUAUCCAGCUUUGAAUAUAAGGAAGAUAAGUUUAAAGAGGAGGUUGCUCAACUGAGGCAGCGUUUUUUCCAUUCAAUUGCUCCAGGAGGGCUUGCUGGGGAUAGACAGGGUGUUGUCCCUGCCUCAGGAUUUUCCUUCAGUACACAGCAGAUAUGGAAAGUUAUAAAAGAAAAUAGGGAUCUUGACCUUCCUGCUCAUAAGGUCAUGGUUGCCACUGUUCGCUGUGAAGAAAUCGCAAAUGAGAAGCUCAGUUGCUUGAACACCAAUGAGGGUUGGUUAAAACUGGUGGAAGCGGUUCAAGGUGGUCCCGUAUCUGGUUUUGGGAAAAAGCUAAGUUCAAUCUUAGAAACCCAUAUUUCAGAUUAUGAACUGGAGGCCAUGUACUUUGAUGAAGGCGUGAGAAAUGCAAAACAACAAGAAUUGGAGUCGAAAAUGUUGCAGAUAGUGCAUCCCGCUUACAUUACCAUGUUGGGACAUUUACGUUCUAAAAUGCUUGAAAGUUUUAAGACAGGACUUCAACAAGCAUUGCACAGAGGAGAAGGGUUUGUUGCUUCAGUUCGUAUGUGUACUCAGUCUUCUAUGCUCGAGUUCUACGAGGGAUGUCAAGAUGCUGCCAUACGACAAGCUAAUUGGGAUGCUUCAAAAGUGGGGGGAAAACUUUAUCAUGAUAUUGAGGCACAUGCGUUAUCUGUUCGUAGUGCGAAGUUGUCAGAAAUAGUAGCCAACUUCGAGAAACAACUUACCGAAGCUCUGACUGAACCUGUAGAAUCCCUCUUCGAAGCUGGAGGAAAAGACACCUGGGCAUCAAUAAGAAAGCUUCUAAAACGCGAGACUGAGGCUGCCACAUCAGGUUUUUUAACUGCUACCGCCAGUUUUGAAUUAAAGCAAGCAACAAUUGACAGAUUGUUGCAAAAUUUGAGGGACUCCGCUAGAAGUAUGGUGGAGAAAAAGGCAAGAGAGGAAGCACGGAAAGUUCUGAUCCGCAUGAAGUAUAGGUUCUCAACUGAUUUCCACUUUGACUCAAAGCCGACUAAGAAGGAAGACAUUAUAACAAAAGCGAAGGUCGCACGCUCUGCGUCUCUGAAGCUUUUAUCUGUUUUGGCUGCAAUACAAUUGGAUGAGGAAUCUGAUGAGAUACAAUUGGAUGAGGAAUCCGAUGGAACAGUGGCUGUUCCUUCUACCCAAGAUAGGAGCAUUGGAGCUUCUGCAGAUCCUCUUGCUUCAAGCACGUGGAAGAAGGUCCCUCCAAAAAAUACUCUGAUUACGCCAAUGCAGUGCAAGUCUCUGUGGAGGCAGUUUAGGGCAGAAACUGAUCCUACUGUCGAUCGAGCAAUUUUUGAACUGGAGGAUCGCGAGGCCACUCCUCCAAAGGAUCCCAAGCCCACUCCUCCAAAUGAUUACACUUUAUUGGAUAUUGCAUUUGGGGCUGCGGUUGGGGCUGCGGUUGGCGUUCCGGUUGGGUUUGCGGUUGGGGCUGGGGUUGCGGUUGGGGCUGCGGUUGGGGCUACAGUUGGGGCACUAGGUUACAUCAUGACUGCCCACCAGGUGCUCAACCAAAGUCCUGAACUAAUUCCCUUCAUCCAAAUGGCUCCCAAAACAUCUUCCAAGUGCGCUCGCUCUUCCAAGGAGCCUUCUCAAGAUGCUCCUCAUCCAGAUUGGUCGGAUUGGCCAAUUGAAUUUGAAGCCAAUUUUUUCAUGAAAGACAAGUUUAAGGAACACUUAGAGAUAAUAUGGGCAGUUAAGGAAUUGAAAGAUCGCGGCCUUAGUGCAUUGUUUAAACCUUGCACUUCUGAAUUUUGCCCACGCUUGGUUUGGGAAUUUUAUACCAAUAUGACCUAUUCUUGCACCGAGCCAACCUUAAUCAAGACCACCAUUGAUGGAGUGCCUUAUGCAUUCACCAUCAAUGACAUUGCCAAAGCUUGGAAAUGCCUUAUGCAGUCCCCUUUGGACGAGGACGACAAGCCUAUUUAA